UGUGUGUGUGUGUGUGUGUGUGUGUUGUUACGUAUGAGGUGGUAUAAAAUGGUAGUGGUAAACCCACAAUGAUGACCUAUUCAGGGACAAGUAACACACAAGUGACCCAAUAGUCAAAAGAUUCACUUAAACCCACCCAUACGAACAUAUUAUUCCAGAUUCUGAAAAAGAGAGUGUAAACCAAACACAUGUUAACUUAAACAAGGGUUUAAUGAGGCAAGUGCUGACCACACGAAAGAUAAAUAAUUCCAAGAUUCCCUUUCAAUUAGUUCACUUACACAAAGACAAUACCAAUGCACAAAAACACAACACAUGCAAAUAGUGUAAUAAAUAAGUCACCAUUAACACACAAGUUACAAGGUAAGAAUCUCACUCACUUAUGUUUCAACUGAACCGAACCACGUACUUUUGUCUUAACUCAAAUACUUCAGCUAUGAAUGAAAAGUGAAUACAGCAAGUCUAUAUGAGGGAGAUACAAGAGAACACAACAUAUGAUACCCCAGGUGGAUUAUAUACACCAUACACUUCACAAAUAAGCACUCCCUCAACAAGCCACCAGGCCAACGUCUGCUCUGCUCAUGAAUCCAACAGUGUCUGCCUUUCCCCGAGUGAGCAGGACGCCACGACGCCUGGCCGAAUGAUACGAGUCGCGGGAACAAAUCAGUGCUUCAUACAGACAAGCUAAGCAAACGGUCGUUGGCCUCUCAACUAGUAGAGAGGAAAUGAUGAUUCAAAUCAAUACAUACAAUAGUAAUGAAAAGAAGACUGCAGGACAUUUUGGGGAAAGGAAGAAAAGGACCAAGGGAAGAUCAAAGGAGGCAGAGCAACUGGCCACAACUUUGGGCAUCCAGGACAGUGCCUCUCUUUAUUCCCAGCUGAAUGAAUCGGAAGAUGACUUAAGUUUGUGCUCCACUCCUGAGUACCCUUUUCCUGUGAUUCCAACACCCUCUGCCCCUGACUUAGCUGAGGCUAGUAGCUCUAUAGGUUUUGAUUUUUCUGGUGAUCCCCAUAGAAGUAGUACUACACAAUCAGUAUCCAGAAUGAAGAAUGGCAGUGUUGGAACUCUUGGAGUUUCAGAGGAAUCUCAGAGAAAAAUUUUAAGUAAAAAUUUGCAAGAAAAUCACCAUGCUCUACAGAGAACAACUGAAGGACAAACAGUUAAAGAAAAAGUAAUUCAUGACUGGAAUGCAUUGCUUUCGCAUAAUAGUAGUAUGGAUGACAGUGUGUUUGAGUUCCCUCAAGGGGACCUGAAUAGUCAUAUUGUAGAUCCAUCUGACCUCAGUGAAAAACGUACCAUUACCUCAUCAGUAUCCAGCACAUCAUCUCUUUCUUACUGUGUUUAUGAAAACCCAGUGCAUGACUCUCCUUUACAUCAAGAGUACUACAAGGACCUAAAGCAGCCUGAAGACAUCAUGCCCACAACCACCCAUCCAGUGCCACCUGUUAAUACCACCAAGUCAGUCAGCAUUCCUGAAAGGAAGAGUUCUGUGCCUCUCACACCUCUGACGCCACUCACAACCACAGUCACUCCAUACGUUCCAACACACAAGGUCCCCACUCCUAAGGAAGUGGCCAACAGUCAGUACAUAUUCAUCGCAGCACAACAGAUAAGUGAAGCACAGCAGCAUGAACAGCAGAAAGAUUACAAGAAAGCACUGAACAUGUAUCGGGAAGGGGUGGGUACCCUACUACAAGGUGUUCAAGCUGGUACUUCUGUGGACCAUUCUAGGAAACAAGGUGAUAAUGACGGGGAUCGGAGGGAUGCAGUGAAGAGAAAAACAGCCCAGUAUUUGCAGCGAGCAGAGCAGCUGGUGGCCAGACUUACACGUAGGGACAAAAAAAGAGAGCAGUUUUUGGAUGGUCCUGAAGCUGAGGUGUGCAGUGGAGGAGAGGGAGACUUGAAAUGCAGUGCCACUGAUCUCGCAAGGUACAAGGUCAUAGGCUGGACUGGAUCUGUCAUCAUUGCCACUGACUUCUCAAAUGGAGAUACUGUGGCCAUUAAGGUGCAUGUAAAGAGUGGGAUAGGGAGUGGAGAAAAGACUGUGAUUCCAAGAGAAGUGCCAUUCAUGGUGCCUGUGAUGCGAUACCAUGAGACUGACACUGCCAUCUACUUGAUUCUCAAAUAUAUAAGUGGAGGAAAGUUGUGGAGCCAUAUCAAAAAGUAUGUUGAAGUUGAAGAAAAUGUGUAUCACACUCUCCAUGGCAGUACGACAACCACCAUGUACUCUGGACGCCGCCUGCUUCAAGAGUCCAUGGAAUAUGAUAGGUCAUCAGCUGUACCUCAAACACCUUCUCAUAAUUCUCAUGUGUCCCAUUUGUCAUCCACAAGCUUGUUGAACAUACCAACUUGUACAACAACAGGAGCAAAUUCUGAGUGUUCAGAUGUUUCUUCUACAUGCCUUCCUGAUGGAUACCUACAGAUCUACUCAGAAUAUGAUCCAAGCCUCCCAUCUUCAUCCUCCAUGUUGAUUCUUCCUCAUAACACACACAACAAUCAUACUACAGUGGAUUCUGUACCAAAAUCUCUCAGCACAGGUGCUUUAUCAGGAACAUCAGUGUAUCCAGACCCUGGCUGUGGUGGCCCACAUAACAGUGGUGGGAAGUCAGUGGCAGAGAAUAAAGCCACAAAAGACCACAUUCCAUCGCCAAAUGGUGACAUUAUGGUUGAGGAAGACAAAGUGAGUGUAGGAAGUGAUACACUGUCAGGGGUUAGUGAAGAUUUUAGUUGUUCUUUACCUGUUGGAGUCCCUGAUCUGUUACCAGAUACAGUACCACUUCCAGAAGUGAGAAUCACUGCAGAUAGUUCUGUAAUUGGCUUAUGUAAUGAAUUACCUCAGACAGCAGAAGGUAAGAAAAGUAGAGAAGAUAAUAUUGAUGGUUCCUUAAAGGGUGAUUCACAAAGAAACAGUAAAACUAAUAAUAUAGUUACAAAGGAAGUGACACCAGAAGAUGGAAAGGAAAUCCAGGCUACUAGACAGUUGAAAGGUUCUCGUACUGAUAAUGGAGGAAAAGAGACUGUAUCUCCUACAACUGCUGUUUCCCUAGCUACUGAUCAUCUUGAGCCUGACGAUGAAAAUAGUAUAACCGAUACCUCAUUUGCCAGCAUCACUCUCCCAUCUUUUUCCUGGACUAAGCAGGAAGAGUCUGAAGUGGCCUCCCUUGAUAUCGAGGAUCUUAUAAGGAAUUCUCGUCAGUUAUUGCAAAAUGUUGACCACACACUGUUACAAAGCAGGAGUCAGAGUGUAAUUUUUCCUAUUUCUGGUGAAAAUAGCUCAUGUGACCAGUCUGAACUACCUUAUGAUAAUGGUAGUAUAAACCAGGAUCAACUUGAGGAAAAGGGAGGCUUAGCUUCCCAGACUUUUCAUGAGAAAAAAUCACUAGGCAUCAAACUCUCAAAAAGUAAUACAACAGUGCAAGUAUCACCAUUGAUGGCCCGUCGACUUGGAUUAAAUCAAGAGGGUCACAAAACUAAAAAGAUUAGUUUGAAGUUUACUAGAAGUGAAAAUAACUUGUCAACACCACAGAGACAUGCUACAUCUGUGACAGAAAAUAAGGAAAUGGAUUUUGAAACAGGAGUUGUAAAGAAAAUUAUAGACAUGUCACUGAAUGUCACUGAUCAUGCUGUGUCACAACAUUCUGCACAGUCAAAAGACUAUGUAGAAAAGUGGAGUUCAGAAUCAAAAGAAAGCCUAUCUCCUGCUAAAUGUGAUCCACCUUCUGAAAAUUCCUUGGCAGCUCUCCUUGAAAAGUAUUCUGCUAAUAGAGGACAGGACUCCCAACCAAGGUUACCAGAAGGCAUCGUGAAAGUAUGGUUGUCCCAAGUAAUCUCAGCUGUCUCAUCUCUACAUCACCAGGGCAUAGUCUUGGGGGAUCUGAAUCCAGAUGAUAUUCUAUUGGAUGAAGGGGGAAGCAUCUUAAUAACUCAUGUGAGUCGUUGGUCUUCAGUGCAGCAGGGAGUGUGGAAAACCCGUGGUGUGUCCAGCACGUCAAAGAUCUGGAUGCAGAGAGGCUAUUUGGCCCCAGAGCUAAUAUCACCUGUGGCUCAUCCAACACCUGCUUCUGACUGGUGGUCUAUAGGAGCACUAAUGUACCAUUUGCUCGCUGGACAGAGCCUUUCCCAAGCACAUCCUUCUGGAAUCAGCUCCCACACUGAGCUCCUGAUGCCGCCGCACCUCACUCCUGAAGCAAUUUUUCUCCUCUCUCAGCUAUUGUGUGUUCACCCCACGGAGAGGCUUGGGGGAGGUGGAGCAGGAGUUCAGGAGGUAAAGGAUCAUCCCUUUUUCACUGGUAUCCAGUGGGCCAACUAACUGCUUUGGAUGAUGAAUCUCCCUAUGCAAAGAUUAAACUAUAAUGCUCAAGUAUAGGUAACAUUGUGAGGCUGAGUGAGUGUGUGUUCUUAACAGAGAUGUUUUAAGUACAUUACCUGACACAGGAUCUGGCAAAUUUUCAAUAUUGGUGCUCCUCACGCAAUGAAUCCAGUAUUCACUAUGUGAUUUUUUUAUUCUAUAAUUUGAAAAUAGAUGAACAAAUACACAAAUAAACAUAUAGGAAUGUAUAUAUUGUAUCUGUAUAUUAGAUUAAAGUUUUCCUAAAAGUGAUAUUGGAGACAAGGUAUCUGCAUAAUGCCUUGC